AUGGCUGACAAUUCUACUUCCAGAUUUUAUACUAAUCUAUUGAUAGCUAAUUAUCUCAAACAUAACGGUCUGGAAGAUACAUUAGCUGCAUUCAUAAGGGAGACAGCGUUACCUCUUUCUGCCUUAGAAAAGUCCGAUAGUUCAAAUAGUAAUGUCGGUGAGAUACCGCUAGAAGACUUGCAGAGUGUCGUUGAAGAUAGGAUUUACUACAAAAGACGGUCUUUCAAAGAUAGGUUUAAAACUCUUUCAAUAAACGAUGAUUUAGCCCCAAUUGACAAUGCUAAGUAUGGAAUUCAACCUUGGAACCAUAGUUUGAAAUUUAGUAUUGAUGUAAAAUUGAACAAAUCCUUACCCAAAGAUACCUUGUUCAUUAGCGCAACUUUUACAGAAGAUAGCAAAUAUAUAUUACUUUCGUCAGCUACUGGAUACCUAGUAAUCUACGACAUUGAGAAAGCGACGUCGAAGUCAUUUAAAAUUAAUGAAAAAGUCAAGAGCAUCGUCAAGCUGUACGGACCCAUUGGUAGCUCCGGUUACCAAUAUGUAUGUCCAAUGAACGGAAGUUUUUACUUGCUAAAUAACGAUUUUGAACUGGUGAACAACGCAGUAUGGAAAAUUCAUGCCAGAAUGAUUACGCAUAUAAAGAUCUGCAAUGUUACGGAAUCAUCUUGGUUUGUUAUUACUAGUGGAAUGGAUAACUUCCUGCGAUUGAGUUUGUUGGAGAUAAAAAACGGGAACACUUUCCUCACAAAACUCUCCGAAAUAAAGUUGGCUUCCAAUUGUACGUCGUUGAAUGUAAUCGCCAACGGUGACGGCAAUGGUCAGAAUAGUUUCUCUGUGUUUCUUACCAGAGCAGAAUACACUCAUAUAGCAUGUUACUCAAUUAUAGAUGCCAAAAAUCUUGUCCAUUCAUACAAUAUUGCCUUAAACAAUGCGGAAUUUAGCACGUACGCUUUCAACAUUCGAGACGUAAUGGCAGUAGAUUAUGUUCAUUCCAAUACUAAGGAUACGAUAGGAUUAUCACCCAGUACCAUGCUAGUUGUAGCCACGUCACAUAAACCAUACAUGAGAUUGAUUUUAGUAGAAAUACCUAUGAAUACAGGCCAUCCAAAGGCAAUGAAAUUGGAUAAAGUUCAGACUUACUACGAUAAAAUCUUACGAAAUUUUGCGACAGAAAUAUAUCAAGAUGAUUUCUCAUUACCAAUUCUCGGCAAAUUAGAAUCUUCUAAUGGUGUAUUGGUAGGAAAUGAUGAAGGUAUUUACAGUGUUGAUUUGAUGACUGGUGAUUCGAGAAUUUUAAAUAUUCCUGGUGAGGCAAACUCCUUGCACGACAGGAUAAAGUGUAUGGAUAUCAGUAAGGACCAAAUGAGAAUGGUCGCUGGAACGUCUACUAAGUCAAUUUACAUCCUAAAUGUAAUCAGAAAUGCACAGUAA